UUAUUUUAGGUUUUAGGUUUAUCAUCGACGAUGGCCAACUCUGUACCCCCUGCUAGUGGCUUUGUGGUGGUCACUCAUUCGUACCCACAACAAGGUGCCCAAAGUGCCACUUCACACCAGAGCGGAGUUGUUCCACCAGCCUCCUCUAUGCUUGGGAAAUUCCUAAAAGGACAACCAGCAGCCCUUGGAACAGUUCAAAUUAUGGUUGGCCUGGUGGUGUUCUUGUUUGGUAUCGUGACUGCAUUCUAUGCAUCAACAAUAUCCCUUAUCUCCGGUAUCAUGUUCUGGGGAGCCAUCAUUUACAUCACUGCAGGUUCUCUCGCUGUUGCAGCCAAUAAGAAUCUCAGUCAGUGUUUGGUGAAAGCAUCACUGGGGAUGAACAUCAUUAGCACAAUAACUGCAGUGAUCGCCAUAAUUCUACAUAGCAUAGAUUUUAUCACCAUCUAUCUGUACAGUGGUUGUCAUAAUAUGGGAGGAUAUGACACCUAUGGUGGAAGGAGACGCUAUGAUACCUAUGAUGUAACUCCAUGCCUGAGAAACCAGGAAAUGUUUUUGGUCUCUUUGAAUGUCUUGUUUCCCCCAUAUCAGAGCAGGGCAUGGGGGAUUGCUGGAGUGAUGCUGGUGUUGUCAGUGCUGGAGUUCAUUAUCUCCAUAUGUGUGUCUGCGUUUGCCUGCAAAGCCACCUGCUGUUCUAACACUGAGGUGAGUAAAACUGUGAUAAGUCUUUACAGUCCAGUACCUACCCACAGUCAGUCAGAAAAAAGCACAUGAAAUAUACCUCUUUACAUGUUUUGUAUUUGAUCUUGUAGCAGGUGGUGUACGGUUCAAGCCAGGUGCCCCCCUCUUUUCCCACCUCCCACCUCUGCACCUCCACGGAACUCCUCUCAGGUACAGAGUCAUGAACAUUUAAAUGGAUGAGAUCAUUAUGACAGACCUCAUGCUCAUCCACCGUUUUCACAUGUUGCUUUUCCAGAUGCCUCUCUUACCAACCAGUGUGGUUCCAACUGCUCAUCGGUACUGAUGGCAAAAGAUGUGGCCAACAGUGGCAACAAGAUAUGCCCCCGCAAUACCCAAGAAUGAGUCAUGUGACAACAUGUUAUUUGUGCUUUCAAUAUGUUUUCCAUGUUCUCUGAAAUGAAUGCGAGUAUGUUAGCCCAUCCUAGCUAGCAUGAAAAUACAACCUAGAAAGUCACCAUCACGUACUGGAAAGAUAUCAGAAUACAUA